CUGGACUUGAAUGUUACAAAGUUGGCCAAAGUGGAAGUUCGCAAUGUCCGGGGAACGUCCCCUGUUUUCUGGGAAGAGAAGGAAAUUACAUAAGGAGAGAAACAGAGAAAACUGCGACAGAUUUUGUUCCACUGAAUCGUCUGAAACAAUCAAUAAAUUCAUUGUGAAGUAUUUUGUAGGUGAUAUUCUAGUCAGUAAAGAGGAACAUCAACAGUUCUUGACAGGCGUUCAGUGGACUGUUCAGAUGAUGUCAUGGACUCCACAAAGGAUCUCAGUGGACAGACAGACACAGGGAAGGUCAAGAGUGUCAUUCAUGGAGAAUCUCCUGAAUCCAGCUGUGUGUCCAUGAAGAGUGACCAGUCAAUGGAUCCUCCACUUAGAUUCAGUUCAGGAGCCCCUUGUGCUGAUGUGAGUGUCAUUCAUGGAGAAUCUCCUGAAGCCAGCUGUGUGUCCAUGAAGAGUGACUGGUCAAUGAGUCAUCCAAUUACCUUCAGUUCAGGAGAGUCUUUGAUCAACUACAGAAACAAACAGGAUGCAUCAGAGUCAACUGCUGGGAAAGUGCCAUUGGACUCCAUUUUUGAGGAACUUGAGCACAAAAUCAUCUCUCUGAUGAAGAAAGAGCUGAAGAGUAUCAAGAGACUACUGAUCUCAGAUUCCCCAGCAUGCUCUGAGAGAGAGGAGGAGGAUGAUGAAGGUCAGAGCAGAGUCAGAGAGGGGUUUCUGAAGAUCACACUGCACGUCCUGAAGAAGAUGAAGCAGACAGACCUCGCUAACACACUUCACACCAAACUGAUUUCUGUGCAUCAACAAAAACUCAAAACAAAACUAAAAGAGAAAUUCCAGAGAAUUACUGAAGGAAUGUCAAAUCAAAGCAGCUCAACACUUGUGAAUGAGAUCUACACAGAGCUGUACAUCACAGAGGGAGGGAGUGCAGAGAUCAAUAAUGAACAUGAGGUGAGACAGAUUGAGACAGCAUCCAGGAGAGCAGAGACACAGGAAACACCAAUCAAAUGCAAUGACAUCUUUAAAGCCUUACCUGGACAAGACAAAGCCAUCAGAACUGUGCUGACUAAAGGAGUUGCUGGAAUUGGGAAAACUGUCUCUGUGCAGAAGUUCAUUGUGGACUGGACUGAAGGAAAAGCAAAUCAGGAUGUUCACUUCAUAUUUCCACUUCCUUUCAGAGAGCUCAAUCUGAUGAAGCACAAAAAUAUCAGUUUGAUGGAUCUUCUUCAUCAGUUUUUCACAGAUACAAAAGAACUGAGAUCAACAUUCCUUGAUGACUACAAAGUCAUUUUCAUUUUUGAUGGUCUGGAUGAGUGUCGACUUCCUCUAGAUUUCCAGAACAAUGAUAUUUUGUGGGAUGUGACAGAAUCGGCCUCAGUGGAUGUGCUGCUGACCAACCUCAUCAAGGGGCAUCUGCUUCCUUCUGCUCUGCUCUGGAUCACCUCUCGACCAGUAGCAGCCAAUCAGAUUCCUCCUGAGUGUGUUGAUCAGCUCACAGAUGUACGAGGCUUCAAUGACCCUCAGAAGGACGAGUAUUUCAGGAAGACAAUAAAAGAUGAGCGUCUGGCCAACAGAAUCAUCACACACAUGAAAUCAUCAAGAAGCCUGUACAUCAUGUGUCACAUACCAGUCUUCUGUUGGAUUUCAGCCACUGUUCUCCAGAGACUGUUGAGUGAAGCAGAGAGUGCAGAGAUCCCCAAGACUCUCACUCAAAUGUUCACACACUUCCUGAUCUUUCAGAGCAAACUGAAGAGCCAGAAGUAUGAUGGGAAAUGUGAGGUGGAUCUUCUGCAGGCUAGAAAGAGGAUUCUGUCUCUGGGAAAACUGGCUUUUCAACAGCUGGAAAAAGGGAACCUGAUCUUCUAUGAGGAGGACCUGAGAGAGUGUGGCAUUGAUGUCAGAGAAGCAUCAGUGUACUCGGGAGUUUGUACCCAAAUCUUCAGAGAGGAGUUUGGACUGCACCUGGGGAAGGUGUUCAGCUUUGUGCAUCUGAGCAUUCAGGAGUUUCUCGCUGCUCUGCAUGCUUUUCUUUCCUUUAAUCAACAGAAAUCAGGUCUCUUCAGUAAGUUUAGGUCAUCUAUGAGUGAUCUCCUGAAGAGUGAAGUGGACAAGGCCUUACAGAGUGAGAACGGACACCUGGACCUUUUCAUUCGAUUCCUUCUGGGUCUCUCACUGAAGUCCAAUCAGACAAUCUUACGAGACCUACUGACACAGACAGGAAGCAGCUCUGACAGCAAACAGGAAAUAGUUGAGUACAUUAAGAUGAAGAUCAGGGAGAAUCCCUCUCCAGAGAAAUCCAUCAAUCUGUUCCACUGUCUGAAUGAACUCGAUGAUCAUUCUCUAGUGCAGGAAGUACAAACAUACGUGAACAGAAGAGAUAUCAAUCGUCUCUCUGGAGUCAGUCUCUCUCCUGCUCAGUGGUCAGCUCUGGUGUUUGUGUUGCUGAACUCAGAAGAGGAGCUGGAUCAGUUUAAUCUGAGGAAAUAUGAUCCAUCACAUGAAUGUCUUCUGAGGCUGCUGCCGGUGAUCAAAGCAUCCAGAAAAGCAGAUUUGAUGGGCUGCAAUCUGACAGAGAAAAGUUGUUCAGCACUGGCCUCAGUUCUCAGCUCAAACUCCUCAAGUCUGAGAGAGCUGGACCUGAGUAACAAUGAUCUGCAGGAUUCAGGAGUGAAGCUGCUCUCUGAUGCACUGAAUAGUCCUCACUGUAAACUGGAAAUACUGAGAUUAUCUGGCUGUAUGUUGACAGAGGAAGGCUGUUGUUCUGUGGCAUCAGCUCUGAGAUCAAAUCUCUCAUGCCUGAAAGAGCUGGAUCUGAGCUACAAUCACCCAGGAGAAUCAGGAGUCAGGCUGCUCUCUGAAAGACUCAACGAUCCAAACUGCACACUGGACAAACUUAAUGUGGAUCAUGGAGGAGAGUUCAGGAUUACAGCAGGACUACACAAAUGUAGGUCUACACACACACACACACACACACACACACACACACACACACACACAAAUACACUCACACACUCACUCACACACAUAUACACACUCACACACAUAUACACUCUCAUACACACUCACACACACACUCAAACACACAUAUAUAUAUACACACACACUCACACGCACACACACACACUCUCACACGCACGCACGCACUCACUCACACACUUACAAACAUACAUAUAUAUAUACACACUCACACACACAAAAUCACACUCACUCACUCAUUCACUCACUCACACACACACACACAUAUAUACUCACACACACAUAUACACUCACUCACACACAUACACACACACACACACACUCGCACACAUAAACACUCUCACACUCACACACACACACUCACAUGCAUGCACUCACGCACACACACACACACACACACACACAAACACACAUAUAAAGUCUCACACACAUAUACACUCACACACAUAUACACUCUCACACUCACACACAUGUUGUCUCGGUUGCCUACUCGUGUAGCACGUCUUCUCACAAGCAAACACCUGUCACUCAUCACCAGGCAAUCACCGUGAUCUGAUAUAUGAAUCUGUCAAUAAUAAUAAUAAUAUCAUCAUAAUAUUAUUAAUAUUGACCUAGUUUAACUAACUUUUAUGUGAUAGCCCUAUAGUCUAAUAGGGGCCCUGUGCCUAUCUCUGGGUUCCUGGCUUAGAAAAAGAUAUGCACUAAAGCAGAUUGUGUGUAGUAUAGCUUAAUUUUGUGCCAAUUUUUUCAAUAGUUU